UCAUGAUGGCGGGGAAAAAUUAGGUACCCCGUGCAGCCACUAUGCGAAUAAAACAACAAAACAUCAUCUUCGCGUUUCAUACUACGAAACAUGUGAAACGAGGCAACUUCAGUCAGACCCGUAAAUGGCAAAAAUCCUUAGCCCCUUUUUGCCCUCAUUUAAAAAUAGCCGGCUUAAACGCGUGCAAUAGAAGUCGACGGAAGAGGAAGUACUUGAUAAAUGGAGAACGAACAAGCGACUGUGUCGGAAUCCUCGACGAUAUGUUCGAUCAAUAGCGAAAGCUUCCACAAUAUCGACGAUCGGUGUAAAGAACUAUCGGAUGACGAGCACUGCGAGAAGGAUAACACGAAUUCGGACUUAGUGUUGGAUCUUCGUGACGUAAAUCCGUAUUGCGAACCAGUCUCUGAGAACGAGUCGUUGGAGAAGCUUUCAGCUGUAAUCGAACAGCCGGAGGAAUCGUCAGUGAUUUUAGAAGAUGCUCGAUCGUCGCGGGAUGAUCGCGAGGACAGAGAUAUCAUUCUCCGGGAUCGCAUAGAGUCGCUUCGUGAAUUAAUGAGGAAUCUAAAGGACGAGCUGAAGAGAGAGGUGGAGCUAUGGCGAAAGGAAAGAGAAGAGUUGCAACUCUUACGCGAAAAAGAUAAUGCGAUGGCUCUGGAGGAAGCAACUGCAGCUGCACGAGCAGCUGCGGCAGCUUACGCCGUGGAAUCACCGCUAUCUAACAAUUUUGAUCUGACGUCCGAGGACACGAUCAGGGAACUAACGAUACUCGAGUAUGAGAAAAGGCUGGCCAAGUAUCAAGACCAGUAUUCGUUUAGUCAAGCGGAGAAACGAUAUAACACUCGUUGGAAAAUGAUCGCGAGCGCCUACAAGCAGAAAUUGAUCGAAGUUGAACGACUCUGUAACGAAGAGCUGGAAAAGGUUCAGCAAAAUGCGAGCCACCUUCAACCGCUCAAGGAAAUGGCAUCGCAAUGGUACACCGACGAAAAAAACCACGGCGACACGAUUCGACGAUCCGAAUUUGGCGCCAGUGUGGACAAAAGCGCCAUUUUGAACGAGGAAAGCGCGCGUGGGAACAAGUUUCAAAGCAUCGACGCGGAAGUUAACAUGGCGCCCGAGAUAUUCGUUGCCAGAUUUAAAUCGGAGAAUUUGGCAAAAAACGAUAGAUACUACCCACAAUUUUAACUCUUACUUUCUACAUAUAUAUUUGUACAUUAAACAUUUAUUACGCCCUUAGUGCGAACUCAUUCGAGCAAGAUUAAAAUUUUUUAUAACUCUUCAUUCGUUUUGAACAAUUCGUCGACUAGUUCUACUAAUUCACCGAACACUAGUA